AUGCCACUUUUCGGUCGCCAUCAAGAGGAAUAUGAGCCUGAGCCAGUCGUGGAAGAGCCCAAGCGAAGCUCAUCUAUCUUCCAUCGUAACCGUGCCGAGUCUAUCUCACAAUCUGAACGUUCCAUGUCCACCGUCUCCUCCACUCCAUCUCACAGUAGUCGCAAUCGCGGGUUCUUACACAAGAAUCGAGAAGCUCAAGACCCAGUUAUCGCAGCUGCGGAGCAAAGAAUCAUUAAUGCUGAACAAAUGGAGAGAGAAGCCGACAGAGCAUUGAUCAAUGCUAGAGAGGCGGUGGCAGAAGCAAGAGAACAUAUGAGACAACUUAAGUUGGAGAUGGAAGCACAGGCAAAAGCAUUGAAGGUUCGACAAGGACAAGCGAACAAUAUUUACAAGAGAGCCAAACCUCUUGGUCACGAUGCUGUGCGACAAAAUGAUUUGAUUCAACGACCACUUACGAAUAAUGAAGAUAUCACCAUCAAUGGGAGCCCUCAAAAGCCCAGCCAGCCUGGAGAUACAAAAAUUCUACCGGCAAUGUUAAGCGCGCUGGACGUGCUACAAGAAGACUACUUUGCGACAUGGCAAGGCAUUUAUCCAACAGGAAUUGAUUGGACAUCUGCAGUGAUUGGCACUUACGUUGCUGGUGCACUCACCACUAUUACCAAGUCCUUUUCUGAACUUUCCUUGCCAAAAACGAACGAGAACAUCAUCAAUAAAUACUUUACUGAAGUAAUUGGGUUUUAUUUUGGCCAGGAUGCCUUCUCUCUACGGCAGCAAGCCUAUGAUGAUAUGUUAUGGGUAGUUCUUGGUUGGUUGGAUACCGUCAAGUUCAUUGAUUUGCACUCUGAAUUACACUAUUCAAACGAUUCUCAACCAGAAUGGUACGGACAACAAUACAAACCUGCAUUUGCCCACCGGGCGCGAUUAUUUUGGGAAUUGGCAUCGCAAGGAUGGGAUACUACUCUCUGUGGUGGUGGGAUGAUAUGGUCUCCAUAUCUUACUCCAUACAAGAACGCAAUCACCAAUGAACUCUACAUCGCAGCUUCGAUAUCGAUGUACCUAUAUUUCCCUGGAGAUGACAAUCAAUCCCCAUUUAUUCUUUCCAACCCGACAUAUCCACCUCGCGAUCCGAAAUAUCUACAGGCAGCUGUUGAUGCUUACAAAUGGCUGAACGGUUCAAAUAUGACGGAUUUGCAAGGAUUGUAUGUCGACGGAUAUCAUAUCUCGAAUCUUUCUGGCGGUGACAACACCCAUUGCGAUUCUAGAAAUGAAAUGGUAUAUACCUACAAUCAAGGCGUUUUACUUACUGGACAACGUGGUUUGUAUGACGCGACCGCCGCACGAUCAUACCUUGUGGAUGGCCAUAAACUUAUCGCGAAUGUUAUUAAUGCCACAGGCUACGAUCUGAAAGACAAUGUUGCCAUCUCACCGCCACCCAAAGAUGGUUCCGCAUUGGCAAAGUGGUUUGGUCUUGGUAGAAAUGGAAUACUGGAAGAAGGAUGCGAUUCAAGUGCUUCGUGUUCUCAAAAUGGACAAACUUUCAAAGGCAUAUUCUUUCAUCAUUUGAUUGCAUUUUGUAGUGAUUUGCCACGGGAGCCUAUUGCAGGGACGAAAGAGAGUUUAGAACUCGACAGAGAGUGGCAUUCUGACAAAUGCUCAAAGUAUACAAAAUGGAUCAGGCGAAAUGCCGAAGCUGCAUUAAGUACCAAGAAUGAAGAAGGGAAAUUUGGUAUGUGGUGGGGUGUACCGGCUACUCAGAGUUCAUUCGCAGACUAUACACAGAAUCAGACAUCGGGUGACUCUGUAGACUAUCGAAAUACCGGAGUUCCAAAGAAUGCCGAAUGGAGAGGAGAAGAAUACCCCAAAGAAGCGAAAGCAAGCAAGACUAGAGCAGGUGUAAAUAACGAUAGUGGGGUAGAAGAUCCCAAUGAUCGAGGUAGAGGAAGAACUUUCUUCCGCAUUCUAGGAGAUAUCUCCCAUACUCUUUCAAAAUGUAUCCUCAUAUUCGCUAUUCACCGUAACUCUUCUGCGGAAGGUGUCUCCCUCAUAACCCAAUCUCUCUAUGCCCUCGUCUUCAUAACCCGCUACCUGGAUCUCUUCUCUGGAAUUUUCAUCCUCUGGAAUUUCGUCCUCAAAGUCUUCUAUAUAGGUUCUUCUCUCUAUAUUCUCUUUUUGAUGUUAAGAGUGUAUGCGAGAACGAGGGAAAGAGAAAAGGCUUGGAAACUUGGGGGAUUGUGUUUUGUGGGAAGUGCGGUAUUGGCACCAAUUGCGAUGAUGAUUUUUGAGAGGAAGUAUGGUUGGGGUUUUAUGGAGGUCCUCUGGGUCUUCUCCAUUCUUCUCGAAUCAACCUGUAUUCUCCCUCAACUCCUUCUUCUCCGUCAAACAACAGUUCCCACAGUCCUCGAUUCCUUUUACCUCGUAACACUCGGUUCAUACCGUUUCUUUUACAUCUUGAAUUGGAUUUGGCGUUCCUUAGAUAUAAAUGAUCGUUCUCCAGAUGCGAUAUCAAUUAUUGGUGGUGUGAUCCAAACGGCGUUUUAUAUUGACUUCGCUUGGGUUUAUUACACAAGACAAAGAGUUAAGUUAAGAAAUGGAGGAGUUGUUGAUGCGGAUGAUAUCAGUCGAGGCUGGUUGUUGAAUAGAGUGUUGGGCAAUAAACAUAUGGUGGGUACGGAUGAUGAUGAUGAAGGGGAUGAAGAAGCAAAUACUGUCGGUAGACAAGAGCCAAGCCGAAAUGCGACUAAGUGGGGAGCAAGAGGUAUUUCAGUUAGUGCAGAUGAAGGAGUUCUUGCAGGCGAAAGUCAAAGACAGGCAGGAUAUGAUGGACAAGAAAGUGGAGUUAUUGAUGCGGAUGUGGAUAAGGAUGCGAAAAUGAAGGAUCCGGAUGAGUUGGCGAGGAUUCUGGAUGAGGAUGAGGGGGAAGAAAGUGAGGAGGAUGGAACAUUACCUAUACCUGGAGAGAGUGGAAGUGGGGUUAGCAAUGGAUCGGAGUGGAGGGGAUAG